CCAGUCUCCAGUUCAGCCUAGUGCUGCAGCCUCAUACCUGAUUCCUUCCCAACCCCCUCUCAUCACCUUUACCGUCAGGAAGUGGACGUGGUUUGGGGCUUUUUAUUCUCGGCCUCGCUAGCCAUUUCGGGACUCCGGUGCUUAGUCUCGCUUUGACAGGGCAAGUUAGAUGCAGCUUCCUGUGCUCAAGGUGAAGAAACGACAGAUCGCUGGCAAGCCCUUUGUGCUUGCAGAACUGCCCGGCUCCAGCCCCUGCCUAUUUCCACCAGCAGCGCCAUGUGCUGAACUGGAAGAAACUCUUGUCCCACUCCACCGCUAGCCAUUUGAAGGCCGGCGCCUGAGUUCCACUGGAUGGACUGGUCCAGUCCCUGAAGGCCAUCUCUGGCACAACUGCACAGCUAAGGAGGCCAUCGCAUAGGAAGUGUGGGCCCCUCCUGUGUAUGACAGGGAUGAAGCCUUCUCCUCCCCUUCUGCUUUGCCUCUGGCUGUCCAUCCUUCUAGAUGUUUCACUGGCAUCAAGAAUCACUCAGGGACCCUCAAAUCUAACUUGUUUUUAUGACUCGCGGGCGACUCUCUUUUGCACCUGGGCUCCAGACAGGAAUCACACAAAAGCACCAUGCCGACUUGAUGUUUUUCAUAACACUGAUGAAAGGAAUCUAACGAGGAGCUGUGAAUUUCCUACCAUGGCACCCAGGAGAUGUGAACUAGCCUUCCAUAAAAACAUUGAUUGUCAGGUCUUCACCAUUGUAGACUCACUUCUCCUGACUGUGUCCUGCCAAGCUGGGGAAAACGGGACAAUUGUGAUACAACAGCAGAAAUUCAGACCGUGGGACAACAUACAGCUGAGGCCACCUGACAACCUCCAAGUGGUAAAUACCAGCGACUCCACCUGCAACUUAACUUGGAGAAUUCCUGUUUCGUCUCACUACUUAAACAAUAGACGGGAGUUUGAAGUGUGGUGCAGAGAUCGCACAAAGCCCCGGGAGACUGCCAUGCUCCUCCCUAUCAAGCAGGACCAGGAGUGGGUGAGGAUUGAGAACCUUUUGCCUGACUCAGAGUAUGAGGCUGAAGUUCGCGUGAAGCCAAACCAAUAUGGCGUGUGGAGCAACUGGAGCAAGACGCUCAGAUGGAGGACAGAUCGUAGUGAUGUGAUUCGUGGAUAUUCAGAACCAACGCUGGGAGACCCCCAGCUUACGAUGCCAGCCCUUGUGGGGACCAUCUGCACCAUCUUCUUCGUUGUCAUCAUUGUCUUGAUCAUUAUCUCACAGCCAUUGAAAAGGCUUAAGAAGAUGCUGAAGAUUUACAUUCCUGAUCCAGACAAGUUCUUUCCCCCGCUGAGCACUGUGCACAGAGGCGACGUUCAGAAGUGGCUCUCAUCUCCAUUUUCCACAUCUCUCUUCAGUGUGAGCAGUAUCUCCCCAGAAAUCUCAGAGCUAGAGAUAAUUCAGAAGGAGAAACAGGACUCCCAGCUCCUCCUUCCCAAGGCCUUUCUCACCUCUGGUGCUCCCCCAGAAACCAGCGGGCACUCAUUGACCAGCUGCUUCACCAACCAAGGCUACUUCUUUUUCCACCUCCCUGACUCCUAUGAGAUUGAGCCCUGCCAGGUGUAUUUCACCUACGAGCCCUUCGCCCGGAAGAGCAGUGGCAGUGAAGAUGGAGAUUCCUAUGGAGCACUCCCCUCCCCAGAUCUCUGCAUGUUGGAGGACGACCUGCCACUCUUCUCCUCCGGAUUUCUUCAUUGCAUCGAAGCAAACCAAGGUUUCCAGAACAGUUCUUUUGUGGGAGAGAUAUCGAGCACAACCAAUGGGCUUGGGGCACUUCCUGAGGCUCUUCUGUCACCCGAGAGCUCCUCCCCAGCAUUGGAGCAGGAUGAGAAGGUGAAUGGAAAUGUCACAGUUUUACAGCUCUCUGAAUCCCAUCAGAAGCCUGGCAUGGUCUUCUCAGAUAUCCCAGGGCUGCAUGACAACAAUACCAUUCAAAUCACAGAAGAGGCUGGGGAUGCAGAACCUCAAAUCAGUUCCACUACUACUAUGGCAGAUGCAAGCUCUUCGUCUUCCCAGCCCAUGUCUCUGAGGCAAGGUCAAGCUGAUGAUCUCCACAGGACUGCCUCCUCCAGCCAAGUCCCAAACACUGGGGCCUACCUAUCUUUGAGUGAGCUCCAAAGCCAAUACAACAACCAUCAUUCGGUCUAAGAUCUGCCUCAAGAACCUUCUGAGCUUAAUGCCUUCUCUGGAGGGAGAGUUGGACAAACAGACAAAUUGUCUGAGAGAACAAGUUGAACAUUAGUUUUAACAAACCCAAUGGGACUUAUCUUUUGACUAGCAUGGAGAGAGACCCUUGUACUUUUCACUGUUGCAAGGGAAUGGAACCUUUGGUGGCACAUGGAAUGAGCAUGAUCCAAACCUACAACCUGAAGGGAAAGUGAAGGCCUUAAUAGGUCAGCUUUGGAUUGGGGAUGGGUGAACAUAUGAAGGGAUGAAAACCUAAGAAAAAGGAUGUUCAGGAAGAGAGAUGUGUGCAUGGAUGGAUUCCGUGGUACAGACAACACCAUGGAUAAGCUGACAGCUUGGUAGAUACUGUGGCUGGAUGGAUACCAUGGAAGGAGAACUAGAUAUAUGAAUGGGUAGACAAAUGGAUAGAGAUGAAAUUGAGAAAGUCAGAAAGGGGCAUUACAACUAUUAAAGUACAUAGAGCAAAUGGAGAAAGAGAAAUUGGAUUGCUCUGCAACUCAGCGUGAAGAUAGUACCAAACUCUGAGGCUGAGCAGCCAAACUUUCCAUCUCUCAAGUACCAAUUUACAGGGCAUGCAAGCAUCUACAGGGGAAUAGAAAUACUUGAGAAGGUGGAGGUGGUGAACUGCUAGUGAGUGCUGGGGGCUGCUGAGGAUGGAGGUGAUGGCAGGUGUUAAGGGUGGCCCUUACUGAUUGGCCCAGAGUUUAGUUCAUUUCCUGCAUCCUUCCCACUCCAGUCUGUGUGAAGUGAAUGUUCUAAUUGGCUUGGUCCCAACCAGAUAUCUGGGUCUGGGCUUGGGUCUUCAAAGACAAUUCAAAUCCAGAAAUGAGUCAAGUCAUGCAAGGGAUGUGAUAAAAAAACAAUCCCUACUAUCAGCAAAAAAUACUGGGGAAAAUUCCCCCAUCUUAUGGAGUGUGGGGGAAGCAAGCGAGAUGCUAGCAAUAAAAUAGAGCACAACAUUUCCCAUUCUUGCUGCAAUCUUUUAAUGAAAUCAAAAGUCUCUUUGCCCUACAGACCAAAACCCUGUCAUUCAACUGUGAUAAGGUAUGUGCGGAAGAGUCCAUCCCACAUCCUGUAGUAAGUGGAAAUCAUCUAACUAGUAAUCCCCAUUCCUUCCUUUGCUUGAGGGGAAUCAUUGCCCAAUUAGCAGUAACAGCAGAUAAAUCAGCUCCAGAUAAAUGACUACAGAUCAUCACCUUUGCCUAAAACCAAAAAUCAGUCCAUUAAUUUGGCUCAAAAGAAAGUUUGGGUAGCAUUCUGUAGUGCCUCCAUAUUUACUGAUUUGGGGCAGAAGUGCUGAAAUAAUCCAGGGAGGUCAGGUAUAGGGGGAAGACUGUUGAUGUUGGUUCCAUGAUAUCUGUCCAUCCACCCCUCUGACUAUCUAUUGUAUCUUUUUCUUGCCAUCUUUCCAGACCUGUCUAGAAAUGGGAAAUACCAACCUCAUUCUAAAAAGACCUGAUCUCGCUCACGAGAUUUCCAAACCAAAGAAAUUUGGAUAAGCAUCCAAACUUUUGAGGAACUUAUCCAAACCAUUAGGAUGCUUCUGUAAACCUUCCGAGAUUCACCCAAAUUUAGUUCACUGUUCCCUAUUUCCACACUAGGGUUGAGUUUCCCCCUUUGUCCUGGUAUCCAUGUUCCAGCACCAAAAUUAUUCACCCGGUUUUCGUUCUCCUGAGUUAUUAAAUUGAACGCUUUGCUUGUCAGAUAAGUGGGUGUCCAUUGGGUUUGAUUUUGUCCAUGAAAGUGCUACUGAUACUGCAAUAGAAUGGCGCCUGGCCUGGUUAGCAUGGAGAAAGUUGCAGGGAGCCAACCCUUUCCUGUAUCGCUUUCUCCAAGCCACUGCACAUGUCUCAGGAUGCCUGUCAUCCCAGCAUCGCAGAGAGACUGGGGAUAAAGAAGGGAUAACUGCUUCCCAGCUGAGUGAGGACAAGGCCGCCCAGUGUAUUUACUGUGUUACUGAGAGCUCUCAAGACGCACCAUAAAGAGUAAUAAGCACAGCGAGGCUGGAUGCUAGCUUAGAUGGCCAAUGAUCUCAUAGUGGUUCCUGUGUAUUUCUUCAUAAGCUUCUUAAUCAUUCUUGCUGCUAAAAUGAGUAACAAAAAACCCCUGCCUUUUUGUCAAUAAAAUAAAAAUUAAUGCAGUGUCAAAA